CGCGAGGACUGAUAGCAACCGCGGGGGUCCGCUUGAAAUUUAGCUUGAAGCUGGUCAUCGACUCAUUUUCUCCUUUCUCCUUCUUCCACUCUUCUCUCCAUUUCAUUUCUCCCUUUCUGUCCGCCCAAUUCCUGCCCUCCAUCCCUCCUCUACCAAGUAUAUACUUCCCCCGCGACAAAGCGACGAAUCCCCUUAAAAUGCCUUCUCAAGCUGCACUCCUUAUCGGAGGUAUCACUCACGCACGCAAGGAGUGGGAGGCUCUGUCUUCUAUACUGACGCUGAAGGAAUUCCCCAGCGGCACCCGUGAAGAGUUUAUCCAGAACUGCAAGUCAGGACAGUACGACGACGUGGUCGCAAUUUACCGGUCCAAUACUUCAAACAAGUACACUGGCAACUUUAACGACGAAUUGCUCUCGGCCCUGCCAAAGUCGGUUCGCUAUAUCUGCCAUAAUGGUGCUGGUUAUGAUAAUCUGGACAUUGCCGGUUGUACCCAGAGGAAUAUCGCGGUUUCCAGCACUCCGGUGGCUGUGAACAAUGCUACGGCCGAUGUUGGCAUCUUCCUGAUGAUCGGUGCCCUGCGCCAGGCUUAUGUGCCUAUUGCUGCUAUUCGGGCUGGCACGUGGCAAGGCGAGACUACCACUGGCCAUGAUCCCCAGGGCAAGGUUCUUGGUAUCUUGGGCAUGGGUGGUAUUGGACGCGAAAUGGCUACUCGGGCCAAGGCCUUUGGCAUGAAAAUCCAAUACCACAACCGCACUCGCCUCCCUGCCGAACUCGAAGCUGGCGCCACGUAUGUCUCCUUCGACGAGCUCCUCGCCAACUCGGACGUCUUCAGUCUGAACCUGGCACUGAACCCUUCCACUCGACACAUUAUCGGCGCCACCGAGUUCAGCAAGAUGAAGGAUGGUGUGGUCAUUGUCAACACUGCGCGUGGUGCAUUGAUCGAUGAGAAUGCGCUGGUCGCUGCGCUUGAUUCUGGCAAGGUCCGCUCUGCUGGUCUAGACGUGUACGAGGAAGAGCCCAAGGUUCACCCCGGUCUGUUGAGCAACCCACGGGUUAUGCUGCUGCCGCACAUUGGUACGAAUACCUAUGAGACGCAGAAGGAGAUGGAGAUUUUGGUGUUGGACAACUUGAAGUUGGGAGUUGAAAAGGGAGAGUUGAUUACACAGGUGCCGGAGCAGAAGCGAUAGAUUGAACGAAGUAUUUAGACCCUCUUUUGUUAAAAUUGUUUCGAUUUUGCAUGUUUUAGUAGUAUACCGUCAUCCCCAAAUAUACUCGUGUUACAUACUUAGAAGUCAAGCCUCAAUGGGAAGGGCUGUUGUUCCUUAAUAGGAAGUCUGGACAUCAUCUCGGAUUUAGUGGAGCGACAACUCGACUUCCAGGGUCG